AUGUCAGAAUUUGAACACCAAAGUGGAAAACCUCUAGACUGUUUGUGUAUGGCUCUUAAAAUAUACAAACAAGAAGUAACCCUUCGAUCUGGCGAGAAAAUAUAUAAAAUUGGGAUGAGCAUUGGUGGUGGAAUUGAUCAGGAUUGUAGCAAGUCAAUCUAUAAGGAUAAUGGGAUUUAUGUAACACAAGUCGAGCCUGAUUCACCGGCUCAGAAAGCAGGUCUGAAAGUGCAUGAUAAAUUGCUUCAAGUUAACAGGAUUGACUAUGUAAUGACAAUGAUUACACACAGGUUUUCUUUUUUAUUCGAUGUAAAUACGUUAUUUAUACAAAUAGUCGAGCCGUGA